AUGGAGCCUCGCCAAAUGGACGCAGAAGGUAUCGGCUCGGCCUGGAAGAUCAUCCCGGCGCUUGAUUCGCGGGACAUCGCAGCCACGGUCAAGUUCUACACACGCGAGCUGGGGUUCACCCUGGGCGGAAUGCAGUCCGACAGCGAGGGCGAUCCCGAUGGUCGGCCCAACUUUUGCUCGGUUUACGCAGGCGACAAGGCAGCCGCGAACCUUUAUUUCUUCCGGUGCGAACCAACCAAGUUCGUGCCUGGACGAGCAUUGAUCGCUUUGGGAACGGUCGGUUUGGACGCUUUUCACGAGUUCGUGAUCGCCAGGGGCACGGCGGAGGUGGUCGAACCGAUCCGCGAUACACCGUGGGGAUACCGGCAGUUUGCCAUCAAAGACUUGGACGGGAAUCGCUUGACCUUUUUCAAAUUCUUAGAGGGUGGGAACCCGGGAACCGACUGA